UGCUUUUCCCCGAUUCCUCCAAAAUUCAAAUUUCUUUUCCCACUCCUCACCUCCAACGGCUACGUUCCUCUCUCUCUCUCUCUCUCUCUCUCUCUCUCUCUCUCUCUCCCUCUCUCUCUCUCUUCUCCUUCUCACUCGCUCCUUUGUCUUCCUUCAAAACCCUACGCUUUCUCUCUCUUUCUCUUUCUCUGUGGAAUUGUUACUAUCUCUAGGGUUUCUGAGUGUACGAAAUGAAGCACUUCAUGCAACCUAAGAAUCCGAUCUUGAGAGAAAUGGAGCCUCCGCAGUCAAACCCUAGUCCGGCGAAGCCGAGGCCAUCUCGGAAGCAGAAGUCGUCGAAGGAGAAUGCUCCGCCUUCGGAUCCGAACUCGUUGGUCUCAGAUUCCAAGCAUUCUCCGGCCGCCGUUAAGUUGAGGAGUCCGUUGCCGCCGCGUCCACCUUCGUCUAACCCUCUCAAGCGGAAGCUCAUCGUGGAAACGGUGCCUGAGAACUCUGUGCUUGGAACCUCCGACUCUGGUGUUCAGGUAAUAGUGCGAAUGAGGCCACCACGCGAGGACAAGGAUGAAGGAGAAAUGAUAGUUCAGAAAGUUUCUGAGAAAUGUUUGUCAAUCAACGGGCAGACGUUUACUUUUGAUUCGGUUGCUGACACAGAAGCAACUCAGCUUGAUAUUUUCCAGCUCGUAGGAGCGCCUCUUGUUGAAAACUGUAUGGCAGGAUUCAACGGUUCAGUUUUUGUCUAUGGGCAGACGGGAAGCGGAAAGACUUAUACCAUGUGGGGUCCAUCCAAUGCAUUAUUGGAGGAGAACUUAUCCAGCGAUCAACAAGGAUUAACCCCUCGAGUAUUUGAGCGUCUCUUCGCUCGCAUGAAUGAGGAGCAAAUUAAGCAUGCUGAUAAACAACUAAAGUAUCAGUGUCACUGUUCUUUACUUGAGAUUUAUAAUGAACAAAUCACAGACUUGUUGGAUCCUAAUCAAAGAAAUCUCCAGAUAAGAGAAGAUGUCAAAUCAGGUGUCUAUGUCGAAAAUCUUACAGAGGAGUGUGUAAAAUCAAUGACUGAUGUAUCCAAGCUUUUAAUAAAGGGGCUGUCUAACAGGAGAACAGGCGCAACUAGCAUCAACGCUGAGAGUUCUCGUUCACAUACUGUUUUUACUUGUGUUGUUGAAUCCCGAUGCAAGAGCACGGCAGGUGGAAUGAGCAGCUUCAAAACUAGCAGGAUAAAUCUUGUUGAUUUAGCAGGAUCAGAGCGACAGAAGCUAACAGGUGCAGCAGGGGAGCGCCUGAAGGAAGCAGGAAACAUCAAUCGAUCACUCUCACAGCUUGGGAAUUUGAUAAACAUUCUUGCUGAAAUUUCCCAAACAGGAAAGCAAAGGCAUAUCCCCUAUAGAGACUCUAGGUUAACAUUUUUACUACAAGAGUCUCUUGGUGGAAAUGCCAAGCUAGCGAUGGUUUGUGCUAUAUCUCCAACACAAAGUUGUAAGAGUGAGACUUUCAGUACUUUGAGAUUUGCACAACGUGCUAAGGCUAUCAAGAACAAGGCAAUGGUUAAUGAAGUAAUGCAGGAUGAUGUAAACCAUUUGCGUGAAGUAAUUCGGCAGCUACGGGAUGAAUUACAUCGAAUUAAGGCAAAUGGCAGCAACCCAGUUGACUCUAACGGAGGUCAUACAGCUGCACGGAUUCGUCGAAGUUUAAAUCUAAUCAGAUCCAGCAUUAAUCGUCCAUUUGCAUUACCUCAUGUUGAUGAAGAUGGGGAUGAGGAGAUGGAAAUUGAUGAGGAAGCCGUUGAGAAGCUCUUCAUUGAAGUGGAUAAGCAAUCAGCUUGCAGUGAAGCUGAUAAGUCAGAUUCACAAGGUUUGAUCUCUGGAGGUGGAUGUCUGAAAGAACAAGGUACUGAAGACACAGAUGUCAAUAUGGAAGAAGGAAUAUCAGAACACGAUGAGGCCAUGAUUGUUGAUUGUGAAGAAUCCAUGAAAGGGAUCCCAGCUUGUUCCAAUGCUAUGGUGCCGAUUUCCGAUAAUGUUGUAAAGGAAAAUGACCAAACGUUUGAUAUGCUUGAUGGGAGUUUGUCUGGAAUGCCCACAGAGGAUAAAACUAUUCUUAGCUCCUCAUCCAGUAAAUUGCCAAACAAAGAAUCAGAAGCCAAAAUGAUGCAAGACGGUUCCUCUUGCCCAAACUCUGAAACUGUUACUGAAUUGUCUCCGUGCACAUCAGUUUCAGAGAGAUGCAACGAAUCUCCGAAUGGUUUGAUAGAUUGUGCAUCCCCCAAUCUCAGCACAGUUCCUUGUAAUGUAUCCCCUGUACUAAAGUCUCCAACUCCAAGUGUUUCACCAAAACUCAACACAAGUAGAAAAAGCUUGAGGACUUCGUCAAUGCUGACUGCUUCCCAGAAAGAUUUUAUGGAUGACAGUAAACUGAACCCAGAGGCUGCCCAUAUUUCUUUAGCAAAAUCUUUGAAAAGAAGCUCUUCUACUGCUAUAUCUACUCGAACAAGUAAAAGUCUUCUUGCACCAACUGAACAAUUGGCUGCAAGCAUCCGCCAAGGUCUUGAAAUUAUUGAUAGCCACCGCCAAAGUACUGCUUUAAGGAGGUCAGCAUUUAGGUUUUCAUUCAAAAGUGCAGAAACUAACCUAAUUUUGCCUGCUUCAAAAGUUGACGCUGGUGUGCAAACUGCUGAUGAUAUACAACAAGAAGAAUCUGGGGAAUUUAUGUGUACUAGUUGCAAAAGUAGAAUGCAGCUAGAGGCCAAAGAAGCCAAAGAGGCCAAUGAAAAUUCAGACAUGCAGUUGGUACCCCUUGAUGCCUUAGAGUCUGCUGAUAAAUCAAAGAAGCAAGUUCCUAAGGCAGUGGAAAAGGUUUUGGCAGGAGCUAUCAGAAGAGAAAUGGCAUUAGAAGAAUUAUGCGCCAAGAAAACUUCUGAGAUAGUUCAGCUCAACCGUUUGGUGCAACAAUACAAGCAUGAGAGGGAAUGCAAUUCCAUAAUUGCACAGACAAGGGAGGAUAAAAUUCUUCGCCUUGAGAGCCUUAUGGAUGGUAUUUUACCCACUGAGGACUUCAUGGAGGAAGAGCUAGUUUCUCUCACACAUGAGCACAAGCUUUUGAAGGAGAAAUACGAGAAUCAUCCAGAAGUUUUAAGGACAAAAAUUGAGCUGAAAAGAGUUCAAGAUGAGCUGGAAAACUUACGGAAUUUUCAUGAUAUGGGUGAGAGGGAAGUAUUGUUGGAAGAGAUUCAAGAUUUAAGAAGCCAGCUACAGUUUUAUGUAGACUCCUCAUCCACAUCUAGGAAACGAAAUCCUAUACUGCAGUUGACCUAUUCAUCUGACCCCAGUCAGGCCCCUCCUCUUACUACAAUUCCAGAAUCAAUAGAAGGAAGUGCUGAAAGCCAAUUUGAACAGGAAAGAAGGCAUUGGGCUGAGACAGAGAGUAAAUGGAUUUCUCUUGCUGAGGAGCUGAGAAUUGAACUUGAAGCGAGCAGGUCUUCAGCUGAAAAGUUGAAGCAUGAGCUAGAAACUGAGACGAAAUGUGCAGAAGAGCUGAAGGAAGCAAUGCAGUUGGCCAUGGAGGGGCAUGCACGUAUGCUGGAGCAGUAUGCAGAUUUGGAAGAGAAACACAUGCAACUCCUUGCUAGGCAUAGGAAGAUACAGGAAGGAGUGGAGGAUGUUAAGAAAGCAGCUGCUAAAGCAGGAGUAAGGGGUGCGGAGUCCAAGUUUAUAAAUGCGCUUGCUGCUCAAAUUUCGGCUUUAAAAGUGGAAAGAGAAAGAGAGAGACAAUAUCUCCGGGACGAGAACAAAGGGCUUCAGGCACAACUAAGGGAUACUGCAGAGGCUGUGCAGGCUGCAGGUGAGUUACUAGUGCGGCUCAAAGAAGCGGAAGAGGCUGUUGCUACUUCCCAGAAACAAGCUAUGGAGGCAAAACAAGAGACUGAGAAGGCCUAUAAACAGAUGGAUAAAUUGAAGAAAAAACAUGAAAAGGAGAUCAGCUCCCUUAAUGAACUCCUGGCCGAGUCUCGUUUAGCAAAAGAUACAACGAUGCCUGCUUAUGAUGAUUUGGCAAAGUACGAUGAUAUACCAGAGCCCCAUAGUUCUUCAAGUGAUCAGAGGUGGAAAGAUGAAUUUGAGACAUUCUAUAAGGGUGAAGAUGGUGAGUUAACAAAACUUGCAGAACCCUCUUCAUGGUUCACAGAUUACGAUCGAUGCAACAUAUAAAGAACAAAAGUUUUAUUCACAAAUUAGUGUAUGAAUUAAUAGUUUCUGUUAAAUAGCUUCAAAAAUUCAUAGUAGGUUUUUGCCAGUCAUCUGGUUGGCAAGUAUGACCAUUUUAAAUGGUUUUGUCAUUGCAAUUUGUAUUAAAAAAAAUUCAGAUUCUUUUGUAAGAUUUGAAUGAAUUUGUUGUAUUCUUUUAUUCA